GCGCACCGGCAGCCCACCUCGCGCAGCCGCGGCAGCUCGGCGCAGCGGUGGACGCCUCCGGCGGCUGGCUCCACCGAACAAGCAGCAGCGGACUAGCAAGGUUGGAGCAUGUCGAGCGCGGUGGUGAGCGGCCUGGCCGGCGCCGGCGCCGGUAUCAUCGCCCAGAUCAUCACCUACCCCCUCCAGACCGUGAACACCAGGCAGCAGACUGAGAGGACAGCGAAGAAGAAGAAGUCCGGCAGUGACGCUUCCACCCUCUUCCAGAUGCUCCAGCUGGUGAAAACGGAAGGCUGGGGCGGGUUGUACAGCGGCCUCAAACCCUCGCUUAUUGGCACGGCUGCCUCGCAGGGAAUCUAUUACUACUUCUACCAGCUUCUCAAGAACAAGGUGGAAAAUGUGGCAGCUGCUCGGGGAAAGAAGGGCCUAGGGGAUGGCACCGUUGGGAUAUUUUCUUGGCUUGUUAUUGCAGCUAUUGCUGGGUCGAUCAAUGUUCUUCUUACAAUUCCAAUAUGGGUUCUUGUGACACGUAUGCAGACACAUACACAGGCAGAAAGGAAGAUGAUAGAGUCCAAGAGGGAGCUUUUGCUGAAGGAAAUAUCUAGGGCUAAUUCAGUGGAUGUUUCAAUUCUUAAGGAUAGGUUAGCUAAACUUGAUUCUGAAAAACCUCACCCAUAUGGCACAAUUCAAGCGGUUCGGGAGGUCUAUCGUGAAUCCGGCAUACGUGGAUUCUGGAAAGGACUUGUUCCAACACUAAUCAUGGUUUGUAAUCCAUCAAUUCAGUUUAUGAUAUUUGAAACACUCUCAAAGCGUCUUCGAUCAAAGAGGGCAAAGCAACUACCCAAGAAGAACAUCACUGCUAUGGAGGUAUUCUUAUUAGGCGCAAUGGCAAAACUGGGAGCUACUGUUGUGACAUACCCAUUGCUAGUGGUUAAGUCUAGGUUGCAAGCAAAACAAGAAAUAGGCAGGAAUGCCACGUCAAGAUACACCGGUACAAUAGAUGCGAUACUGAAGAUGAUUCGGUACGAGGGAUUGCAUGGAUUUUACAAAGGAAUGGGUACAAAGAUUGUACAGAGUGUUUUUGCCGCCUCAGUCCUUUUCAUGGUGAAGGAGGAGCUGGUUAAGUUUGUAAUUCUCUUAGUUGCCAGGAGUAGAACUCUGCUUCUUACUAGAUCUAAAAAAGUAUAGGUCUUCUUUCGUAAUCAGAUAACUUAUUGCAUGUACAUGUAGAAAAAAAUUGUGAAGAUAUAUGUAGAAUUUUACUUUGACUCCA